CGUCUCGUUGUGCUUCAACAACAGGCGGCAGCACAGAUGGCGGAUGAGAGUCACGCGAGGAACGGCUUACUAAUCGGCGCUGAGCGGGUGCUAACCGCUAUGAUUGGACACAGCUUCGAGCAACAAAUCUUCGCCCCACUAGUAGCCAUGCAACUUGUGUUCCGACGAAUACGUUUUGAUAAUCGUCGUUAUUGUGAAACCACACACUUUUGGGACGAUUUCUGACAUCGCGCUAAGGUUGCACCAAGUGCACUUUCUUACCAUUCCAGUCGCGAGAUGCCUCGGGGAAGACCUCGGAAACCCGUCUCUCCUUGUCGGUUCUGCCAACUCACUUUUAAGCGGGCGGAGCACCUCAGCCGACAUGAGCGAACUCACACCCAAGAAAAGCCCUUUAGAUGUGGAUGCGGACAGGCUUUUUCGCGAAAGGAUUUGCUUGCGCGGCAUACGAGACUCUCGCACGCCGGUGUCCAGGAAAGAUGCCCAAACGAUGUCGAGAACUCAUUGAUAGCAAACGGCUUACAAGAGCAGGAAUUUCCAGCAAUGAACGCACACGCGACAGUAUCGAGGCCUGCGAGUCCGGGUCAAUCUCAAGAUAGUGUACAACCAGCUAAUCCCAGACCUGGCUUCGCAGAUAUGACGACGAGCAUAUCAGACAUCCCGCACGAGUCAUCAGGCAUUCAUGGUCCGUCGUCAGCUCAAUCGAUCCCUGUCCCCGAUAACAUGCAGCGCGGCCAUGAAGAACAAAUCUUGACGGGUUUCACGAAUCAAGUCCAUGAUCAAUCUAACCCCAUCGUUCCUCCACAGCAUCUCGGGAAUAUUGCUCCUGGGGCAUUUAAUGAUGUUGACUUCCUCUGGGACUGGGAUCUUAGUGCGCAUGAUUUUCUGCCGGCGACUUUCUUUGAUUCCGAGCAGCCCCUCUCAGACCUUUGGCGAUUGGAUAUACCCCAGUACAACCUGUCCACGGCUCUGGAUGGUCUCCCCGUGAUGCAAGAUGUUGGUGUUCAGCAGUCUGCAAUUGCGCUACCGUUAUACGAGCGACUACCACCUCUUGAGCCAGACUAUGAGUUGCCCAACAACGAGAGGCUACCAAUACAAGAUCUUCGACCGAGCACUAUGGCGGUUACACAGCCAAGUCCAGCCCCUACCUUGCCGUGGAACAUCUCCAUACAAUCAUACAAAAGUACUUGUGACGCAUUCCUCCCAUACGUGUGUCUUGUUGACGAUACCUUCUCCUUCCCCUCCAGACGGACGCUCUCCCGCUUUCUUGAGGCAUACUUUCAAGAGUUUCACCAACACUUCCCCUUCCUUCACGUACCAACGACGACAGUCAGCGCAUUGGCGCCCGAGUUAGUGCUUGCCAUGGCCGCUGCAGGAGGUUGUUAUCGUUUCGAAGACAAGAAAUGGCACUCUUUGUAUGCUGCGUCGAAAGCCAUAAUCAUGCACAAGAUCAACGCCAGCGUGGUUGCCACAGGUCACAGCUUCCCUCCUCGCGUUAUGGAGCCAGAGAUCGAUGGCUUGCAGCCAGAGACAAUAACCGCACGUGUUAUCGAUUGUAAUGCUUUGCAAACUAUGCAGGCUCUUGCGAUCAACACGGCUUUAGCGUCCUGGUCAGGCAAACCUAUGACUCAAGAAGCGCUGAUGCUUUCCAGUCAGCUAGCGAUGCUUGUUCGAGAAGGUGGCAUCUCGAUAGAUGACCAAAUAGCCGAGGGAACCGAGUGGCUUGAAUGGAUACAUCGCGAAGAACGCCGGCGCACCCUUUUUGUGGCUUAUGUCUUGUUCAAUAUGCAGAGCAUUGCUUUCAACGUCCCACCGGCGAUCUGGAAUCAAGAUGUGUGCCUCUGCCUACCGCAUUGCGGGUCUGAGUGGGAGGCAACAAAUGCAUCACAGUUCAUGCGUCUGAGACGCAUCUAUGGUCAUGAUGAGCGGCUAUUCAAGGUAGCGCUUGAAGAGAUUCUACACGGUCGGAGCGUUCACACCAUUGGGCCACUUUCCGCUUUUGGAAAUUAUGUCUUGAUCGUUGGUCUGAUUCAGCAAAUCUUCCUCGAAAGGCACGUGUUGCGGUCGCUCUCUAGCAGAACACUGUCCCUGAGUUCCGAAAACUUGAAGUCCUACGAAGCAGCAUUCAUGUCAUGGCACCAGUCAUGGGAAGCAACUCAGGAGUCGUCCCUUGAUCCGUCCUCGCCGAAGGGGCCUCUCGGCUUCGACGCAGCGGCUAUCUUGUGGCUUGGCUACAUUCGACUGAAUGCCGAUAUGGGGCCUCACCGCAACCUGAUGUCAAAGGACCCACAAAUAAUUGCGCGCGCGUUCGUUUCCAAGGACGUACUGCGCCUUACGCGUUCUUCACACCUUGAUAGGGCUGUGCUUCAGUGCAUUCAUGCAUUGUGCAGGCCCGUACGCAUCGGAAUACCCUUUGUUGCCCGGACACUGGCAUCAAAGCGGAGUGUCCAGCACGCGCUCUGCAAUCUUGAGUGUGCUUGCUUACUAAGUCGAUGGCUUAACACCAUUGCAGAAUUCGUUGCUGAAGACGGCAUCCAAUCUUUACGAGAGGAUGAGAGGAGUCUGCUUGGGAUGGUUGCAGGUUUAAUCAAAGAGACUGACUUCGCUAGCAUUCUCGACCAAAACGAGGAUGACGCAAGAACUAUACGCCGUAUGGCUGCGACCAGCGUCAGGCUGUGGGCUGGCGCUUUCAGCAGUUCACACGUAUUUCGUAUUAUCGAUGUUAUUGGUACAACACUCACUAUCAUGGCUGACAUGUUGGAAACGUCGUUGGAAUGAUCACAUAGUAUAAUUCAGGCGCAUGAACAGUAUAUCCAUGUAAGAUAUAAGCACAACCCAAUCCUUGAAUCUGUUCGAG